GCGCAUGCGCCGUGGCGCUCCGCCAUUUUCUCUCCUCAGCGGAGGAUGGAGCCCGGAGGAGGCGGAGGGGGAGGCCGCCGCGAGAAGAUGCUCCAGCCGCUGCCGCCGCCUCCUCUCCCGCCGCUCCCGAAGGCCAAGGAGGGCAGCGCCAGCCGCCUCGAGAAGGCCAAGCAGCGGGCGGCCCAGCAGGAGCUGAAGCAGCGGCAAAGAGCCGAGAUCUAUGCUCUGAACCGGGUGAUGACGGAGCUGGAACAGCAGCAGUUUGACGCCUUCUGCAAGCAGAUGCAGGCCUCCGGGGAUUGAGGAAGGGUUCGCAGAAGAAGGCGAGUAAGCUAUCCCUUGCCCACCCAAAUCCCAGAGACCGAACUGGACACGCACACACCUCAUGCUGGCAAUGCCAACACAACCAAUGCCUUUCGCAGUCCCUGAGCCCUUUUUCGAGUGAGAAUCUCUCCUUUCUGAGUGUGUUUUCUUUACAUACCUAUUUAUUAUCACUUUGGUUUGAGAAAUAAAGCUGUUUUGUAAGGUU